AACAUCAUUAGCAUCACACCACACUCAGUAUUGAGAGAUAAGCAAAACAAACAAUUCUCAUACAAUUUCCAUCCAAAAAUGGAACAACAAACCUCUUUCUUCUUCUCUCAGGAUCAUCAUUUCCAUCCAAUCUCUAUCCCUCUCUUAGCCAUUUUCUUAACUUCUCUCUUUCUCAUUUCCAAAUUUCGAAGAACACAGCACACAAAACUGCUGCCACCAAGCCCUCCUUCUCUUCCUGUAAUCGGUCACCUUCAUCUUCUCAAAGAACCAUUCCACCAAAUGUUACAAGAUUUCUCUAAAAAAUACGGCCCUGUUUUCUCUCUCACUCUCGGUUUCCGCCCCCUCGUAGUUGUCUCCUCCCCUUCCGCCGUACAAGAAUGCUUCACCAAAAACGACAUUGUUUUCGCCAGCCGCCCCCGUAUGCUGUCCGGAAAGAUCCUCAAUUACGAUUACACAGCUGUUGGUGCCACCGCGUACGGGCAGCACUGGCGUAUCAUGCGACGGAUAGCUACCACCGAAUUGCUGUCCACCAAGCGUCUCAACGACUUGAGUAAAAUCAGAGAAGAGGAGGUGAAGUUGUGGGUGAAAAGAUUGUACGGAUCAGUGACGAGGGCGGAAGUUAACAAGGGAGGUAGAGUGGGAUUAAGGUCGAAACUGACGGAGCUUUCGUUCAAUAUCGCGUUGAUGUUAAUGGCGGGGAGAAGGUACUUUGGAGAUGAAAUGGAAGCGGGGGAGAGUGAGGAGGCGAAGGAGUUGAAGGAGACGAUGAAGCAAGUUCCUCUGUUGAGUGGAGCUUCGUAUCCGGCGGACUUUUUGUCGGUUUUGAAGUUGAUUGAUUUUCAAGGAUUUAGGAAGAGAUUGGCGAAGGUGAGAGUGGAUGGAGAUGCAUUUGCUCAAAGUCUGGUGGAUGAAAGACGGAAAUUGAAGGGUUCUUGGUGUGAGAGGAAGACGAUGAUUGAUAGUAUGUUGUGUUUGCAGGAGUCAGACCCUGAGUAUUAUAAGGAUGAUAUUAUUAAGGGACAAUUCUUGACUUUACUUGCUGCAGGAACCGAUACAACAGCAAGCACGUUAGAAUGGGCAAUGUCCCUACUCCUAAACCAUCCAACUGUUCUAGAGAAGGCUUGGACUGAGAUAAACCAAGUUGUUGGAGACCAAAGACUAAUAAGGGAAGCUGAUACAAACAAGCUACACUAUCUUCAAGCCAUAAUCAACGAAACCUACCGUCUAUUUCCCGCUCUUCCAAUACUUGUACCACGUGAAUCAUCAGAAGAUUGCACGAUUGGAGGGUUUGACAUUCCAAAAGGAACCAUGUUGGUGGUGAAUGCUUGGGCCGUCCAUCGAGACCCCAACGUGUGGGAAGAUCCUAACUGUUUUAAACCCGAGAGGUUUAAACAAGGGGAAACUGUGGAGGUCAAUAAAUUGUUGCCAUUCGGAAUGGGACGAAGGGCUUGUCCGGGGGCUGGGCUUGCUCAUAGGGUGGUGUCUUUGGCUUUGGCUACUCUUAUUCAAUGCUUUGAAUGGGGCAAACUCGACAACCAAAAAGAUGUUGACUUGUGUCCAGGAAUUGGACUCACUAUGCCUAAAGCUAUUCCUCUUGAAGCUAUGUGCAAACCUCGUGCUUCCGUCACACAUUUACUAUCACAACUUUGAUGCCAUGAUCGCUUAUUUAUUUAAUUGCCAUGUGUUGUGCAUUUUUAAUUUGAAUUUUAUCUCGUAAUCAAGUCCAAGCAUGAAAUUGGGCAUCAUGUUUGUUAUUGUUGUAACUUAGUUUUGGUCCCAAGCAUAAAAAUGGUUUAAGUCGUUAGGUAUAUGUGUGUGUUGUAGCUAAGGUUUGCAUUUGUUGUAUCAUGAAAUUUGGAAAAGAAAUAAUGUAAAAUCUUGUAAUGUUCGGUAAAUAAUGUUACCUAUUUC